AACCGUUGAUACAUUUGAUCUUGACCGCACACCAUCAAGUUUGAUAACUUCUACUCUGUCACUUCAGACUGAACACGCCGGCAUCGAAAGUUGAGCCAUGUCAAAUCGCAACGUAGGUGGCUGGUUGAAGGGAAAGACCGUCCGGAAAGGUGGUAUAACAUCAUCCAAUGCACACACCGCUCGUUCCAGCACACCUCAAGUCCAGAGCACAUCCUCCACCAUUUUCAGCGGAGGUGUUAAAGAUGCAUCUGGGCGAACGACUGAAUACUUCUCUAUGGACGACCAAUGCCCUGUGUGCAAGUCUGAUCGGUACUUGAACCCCAAACUUCGCCUCCUGGUUAGCUCAUGUUACCAUAAAAUGUGCGAGUCGUGCAUCGACCGCUUGUUCACCUUGGGACCCGCCCCAUGUCCUAUCUGCCAAAAGGUCCUGCGAAAGCUGGCAUUCACCCCACAGACUUUUGAGGACCUUACUGUGGAGAAGGAAAUCGCCGUGCGCAGACGAAUAGCUAAAGAGUUCAACAAACGACGCGAAGACUUCCCUGAUCUUCACUCCUACAACGAUUAUCUUGAAGAAGUGGAAGAUAUCACUUUCAACCUCAUCAACGACGUCGACAUUCCUCAGACUGAAGCUCGCAUACUCGCUCAUCGUCAUGAAAAUGCAGCGCUCAUAGAACUCAACUUUCAGCGCGAAGAACAAUAUGCACAAGCUCUGAAGGAACAAGAAGAACUGGAACGACAGGAGAAAGAACAACGUGCCCUCGAGCUCCGAAGAGAAGUGGAGAUAGAACGUGAGGAACGAGAAACGUCCCAACGUGAGAUCAUCGAUCGCCUCGAGACCAGCACCAAGGAUGCUGCCAAGGUCAUCGCCAAAUCUCGUGCAGAAGCCAUGAAGAGAUCGUCUGCUCGCAGUACUACCACCACGGUUCUGAGGAGUAAUGCCCAACUACUGCGCGCACGAGCUGCUCAGAGUACUGUCGUUCCUGAUCCGCCACACGUCCCCCUGCAGGACGAUUGGUAUGCUUACGAGGAUCUAUAUACGCUCAGGGAUCACUACGACGAUAUGUACAGUGACGCAGUGAGGAAGGACCGCGAAGGAAUUAUGAGAGCGGGAGGAUAUCGGGUCGAGGAAGCUUGGGACAGAGCCCUCAGAUGUGCUGUCGCUGGGUUGGAUUUAUUACCACUGUCAGAGCUGAGCCCAUCGCCUGGACGGAUUGAUGUUGUGAUGGCAUCUGCCUGAAACUCGUUUGCAGCCUUCGUUCCACAUUGAUGUAUAAGGACAUCAGCUAUGGCAAUUCUAUCAUUGCGUCAUAGACAGACACGAGUCGUCACACUUCGUCCCUGCACCGCUCUUUUCACAUAGCUGCUCGUCUCCGCACCAUCCAUCAAGCCCGCAGUCCCGUAGCGAAAACAGCUAUAGAGAUACCCCAAUCCACCGUGUCAAUGCUGU